CAGAAAAUCAGAACAUUUUCAAUCACCCAAUCACAACCACGAUCAUUUCAAAUCAACCAACUUCGCCGCCUCGGUUCGCUAACCCGCAAACCCCAUAUCGCAAUCUAACAUCCCUUCAACCCACGAUGGCACAGGCGGUCGCCAUCCCCGGCCAACUACUGGGACCAGCCGACAAGUACGUCGCAGGCGCAGGGACGCAUAUCCACGAGUCGAACCUAUACUCCUCUCUCCUUGGAACAGUAUCCGUCAUCACACAGCAACAACAACAAGCUUCCGAAGCGAUAGAAUCAGAGAAACAGAAACAAGCGGGUCCCGCGAAACGAUUAACAAGGAUCGAGGCCUUGGCUCCGAAGCAGAGCGGUAGUAACAAUCAUAGCGGAGGUAACGGCAGUACUCUACCUACAAUCUCCGUGUCGCGGGCCGCGGGCACCGAGGAGGGAGGGAAGGACAAGAAACGUGAGGUGCUACCUGAGGUUGGUAAUACAGUGUUGUGCCGUGUCACGCGCAUUACGCCUAAGCAGGCCGCCGUCGCGAUACUUGUUGUGGGCGAUACUGUGCUAGAGGCGGAGUGGCAGGGCUUGAUACGGGUGCAGGAUGUUAGGGCUACAGAGAAAGAUCGUGUCAAGAUAUAUGAGAGCUUUCGCCCGGGUGAUAUUGUGAGGGCGCAGGUGAUCUCGUUGGGUGACCAAGCCAAUUAUUACCUCUCGACUGCGAGCAACGAACUUGGCGUUAUUAUGGCUACAAGCGAAGCUGGGAACACUAUGUAUCCCGUCAGUUGGAAAGAGUAUAAGGAUCCCGAGACUGGACUUAGCGAGCCGAGGAAGGUGGCCAAGCCGUUCUGAGCUUGUCGAUUGCUAUCGAUAUGAGAAUUGAAUUAUGUAUGAUUCUAAGCUCAGGGUCUACCUGCCACGAACCCAUGGCUGGCGCGGUACUCUACAUCAAGGAAUGCGGUUUCUUCUAUGGUGAGACCUAUCAUUGCCACCCAUAUACCGAAAACCCGGCAGAUAUUUAUGGCGGUCAAAAAAUUGAGCUACCAAGCGUGGGGAAUCACUCGACAGAGCUUCACCGGGUUCAGAAGAUAUGAAGUACAAAAUAAUCUAUAUGUAUCUUCUCAGCGUGCAUAUGCGAAAGCACGAAACGAAGAUUAAACCAUGGAGCCGACAGAGUCGGAAAAGUUGAGAGGUCGUUGCAACUUCGGCUGAUAGCCUUGCUCUGAAAAGGGUUUAUACAAUCCUAUCACAUCAAAGCAGAUAGUCGCCUGCCAAA